GUCAACUUAAAACGACACAUGCUCGCCAGCGGGCGCGAUCGUCAGUAAAUGCGGCUAAAUAAAUCCUCAGAAUUCGACGAGUGUCUGUGCGAAGGAUAAUGCGAGUAUGAGUUCUUGAAAUCGAUUGUUAAACACAACAAAAAACCAAACAUAACAACUCCUAAUUGGCACAAAAUCAAUUAGUUUGCGGCAGUGAAUAUGCAAAAAAUUUAAAGUUGCCCCAGAAAAACCUAUCGAGAAAUUCCCGUAAGAAAAACUUUGGAUUAGCCGUGCAGCUUUUGAUAAUAUUAAAAACACUUGAAUUAUGGGCUUGGAAAAACAUUACCUGCGAUAUGGACGCACCGCUAGAGAUCACCUCCUUGACUGGGCCACCUGUGGGCGUGGUCGACGGCAGCAGCAGCAGCAGCAACAACAUCAACAGCAGCAGCAUCAGCAACUGCAGCAGCAUCCACAGCAGCAACAACAACAACACACACAGCCAUCACAGGGGUCAACUGCCACGGGGCGGAGGUCACGCCCCCAUGUGACCCAUAGAGGAACGCCACUCUCCAUGCUGAUAUCAAAUGGAGUUAGGAUUAGCAAUAAUAGACUAGCUGUGAUAAUUAUUGGGAUAAUUACUUUAAUCUUAGGCAUAAUUUUAUCAUCCAUGCCCUGGCUGGAUUAUUUUAUACUAAAGAACUUAAGGCUGUGGAAUGAUACCCUGAGCUAUCAUUAUUGGCAAAGGCCUGGCGUCAUCCGACUGACCAAGCUCUACAUCUACAAUGUGACCAAUCCAGAUGGCUUCCUCCGAGGCGAGAAGCCCCAUCUGCAAGAAGUCGGUCCUUUUGUCUACAGGGAAGACAUGCAGAAGGUGAAUGUUAAGUUUCACGAGAAUAACUAUACCGUGUCAUAUCAGCAUAAGAAGAUACUGCAAUUUGUUCCUGAACUGAGUAUUGAUAAGGACACGCCCAUAACCACGCCCAAUAUUCCGUUGUUGACCCUCACCAGUCUCAGUCCGAAACUAGGAUAUCUCCUGUCGAAAACCAUUUCCGUCGUGGUAACGGCUGCUCAAUUCAAGCCCUUUAUCAAUGUUACUGCCGAGCAGUUGGCUUUUGGCUACGAUGAUGCCCUGGUAAGCUUAGCCCAUAGGUUUUAUCCGAAGCACAUGAGACCCAUGGAGAAGAUGGGUCUGCUCCUGGGUCGCAAUGGCACCCUCACGGAGGUGUCCUCCGUUAAGACGGGCAUGGACAGCAUGGAUCAGUUUGGCUACAUAGACUCACUCAAUGGAAUGGAUCAUCUGCCACAUUGGAGCGAACCGCCUUGCACAAGUAUAGCUGGAUCGGAGGGAUCCUUCUUUCCGCCGCGGGAACUUACAAAAUCCGAAACGGUUCAUAUCUACGACAAGGAUCUCUGUAGGAUUAUCCCACUCAAAUAUGUGGAGAGCCUGGAGAAGGAUGGCAUUGCGGCGGAUCUGUUUAGGCUGCCCAAUAAUAGCUACGGAGAUUCCGCCCACAAUCCGGAGAACAAGUGCUACGAUUCGAGCGACUAUGAGCCAAUUCAGGGUCUCCAGAACAUCAGUCCAUGUCAAUAUGGUGCCCCCGUUUACAUAUCCAAUCCGCAUUUCUUCGAGUCCCAUCCUGAUCUUCUCAAUUCUGUGGAGGGUCUGAAACCAGAACGAGAGAAGCAUGAAACGUACUUCAAAAUACAACCGAAACUUGGAGUACCGCUGGAGGGCAAAGUGCGGAUACAGCUGAAUCUAAAGGUGACGCGUGCCAAGGACGUCUAUCCAGUGCGUGAUUUUCGAGACUUUGUCUUUCCGGUGAUGUGGCUGGAAGAGGGCAUCUCUGAGCUAACACCCGCCAUUAAGCGCUGGAUUUAUUUGGGCACAGUAAUAGCCCCAAGUGCCGUGCCCAUAGGAUCCUACCUGAUGAUAAUUGGCGGGGCAUUUGCCAUCAUAUUCAGCUUUGUGCGGGCCUACCAGAACUUUGUUUUUGCCCGGGAUCCCACGCUGGAGAUCCUCGAGAUGGGCAGAAGGUCCUUGCGACGCGGCAGUAGCUUCAUAGCCCAUCAGCAGCACAGGUUGCUGGUGCACCAUCGGGAUAGCUACUCCCUGUUGAGACAUGGACCCAUGGCCACCUGUUUGGGGGAAGGAAAUCAGGAGGACUCGCAGCCCAUUAUCGACGAGAGCCUCAGCGCAGGAAUCAGUCAGGAGUCAUAGUUGCAGAUGUAGAUUUAACUAGGUCCUUAAGGAGUGAAUGAUCGAGUCUGAUUGAGCGCGUGCUUGACAAUAAUUAUCUCUAUGUUUAGUUACGUUCUGGCCAAAAUCGUGGCAUAUACUUGACGUUCUUGCCACUGCAUAAGCAUUAUCAUUACUCAGUUUCCACAUCGAAUCAAUCAAUCAUUAUUCAUCUUGCUGCUACCAACGCCAAAACGGGUUUGCUAGUAACUUGUAUCUUGUAGAUAGACGUAUGAAUUUGUACACAUUUUUGUCAAUGGAAUGCUACAAAUAGUUCACUAGUCAAUGAUUACAAUGUGAAAAAUGCAAGCACUCAUUUCUAGUUUUGCUAGCCGUAACUCUUAGUUAGUCGUAGACAUUAACUAUAUUUUAUGUAUUUGUUAAAUAAUGUUUAGGCUGAGGAUGUACGAAAUUAUGUAAUAUAAAAGUGAAUUGCAAAUUUUCUGGA